AUGACAGAGCCUCACAUUGACGAGAAAUCCGGUGACACCCCCGAGGUAGCUGGGUUGAAUGCAUCAGAUUCAUACAAGAAAGACUACCGUUUCUGGGCCAUCUUGUUUGCGCUGUGCAUCACCUCCCUUCUGGCAUCGCUAGAGAAUACAGUCAUCGUCACCUCGCUGCCCACAAUUGUCGAAAAGCUCAACUUUGGAAGCAGCUACGUUUGGGUCGCCAACAUAUUCUUCCUCACGAGCGCAGCAGUACAACCGCUUUUCGGCCAACUUUCGAACCUCUUUGGUCGCAGAUAUCUCACCAUUGCCAUCGUAUCUCUUUUCACCUUAGGAAGCGGCAUUUGUGGCGGUGCAAAUGGCCCUGCGAUGCUCAUCGCUGGCCGAGCGAUUCAGGGAGCCGGAAGUGGGGGUAUCAACAUGAUUGUUGACAUCAUCAUCUCAGAUCUUGUGCCGCUUAGAGACAGAGGAAAUUAUAUUGCAAUCAUCCUGGUAACUUACGGGAUCGGAACCGCGAUAGGCCCCUUCGUGGGCGGAAUCAUUGUGCAGAAGACGUCUUGGAGAUGGGUAUUCUACAUCAACCUGCCUGUUGGCGGCUUCUCACUUGUCCUUCUUUACCUCUUCCUCCACGUGAAGUGGGAUAGGACCUCUACAACUGGAAACAAACUUCGCCGGAUCGACGUGAUUGGAAACGCCAUUUUGAUAGCCUCGGCAGUAUCUGUUCUCAUUGCUCUUACUUGGGCAGGCUCCGUCCAUCCCUGGUCUUCCUACAAGGUCAUCGUCCCCCUGAUUCUCGGUCUUCUGGGUCUGUCUGUCUUCUGCGUCUUCGAAGGAUCCGGAAUCGUCCCAGAGCCAGUGAUGCCCCUCCGCCUGUUUGCCAACCGCACCUCAGCUGUGGUCUAUGCCACGACCUUUCUCAACUCGGCAAUGAUAUACUGGGCAUUCUUCUUUCUCCCUCUCUACUUCCAAGCCGUGAAGCUAUCAACCCCUGCACGGUCCGGCGUGCAGCUACUACCGGUUUGCCUUAUUGCCAUUCCAGGGGCUGCUGUAUCUGCGGUGGUACUCAGCCGCUGGGGAAGAUAUAAAGCCCUCCACAUCUCUGGCUUUGCGCUCCUUGCAGUCGGCUUCGGCGUUUGGACCCUGCUAGACCGACACAGCGGCACAGCGGCAUGGGUGUUGGUCCAAGUUGUGCCAGCGCUGGGGUCAGGGAUGCUCCUCAACACGCUACUGCCGGCAUUUCAAGCUAGCGUAGAAGAGAAGGACCAGGCGGCAGCAACAGCGAGCUGGUCGUUUAUCCGGAGCUUUGGUCAGAUCUGGGGUGUAGCUAUUCCAGCUGCCAUCUUCAACACCUACACCGCCAAGUUUGCUGAGAUUGUUGAUGACGCUGGGGCGAGGGAUGUGCUGAGACAUGGAGAUGCUUAUGCGAGCGCGACGAAGGUGUUCGUUGAGAGUUUCUCUACACCCGUCAGAGAUCAGAUUAUUGAGGUUUUCACUGAAGCUUUGAGGAAGGUAUUUUUUAUUGCGCUUUCGUUUGCGGGGCUCGCCUUCUUGCUGAGCUUUCUUGAGCGAGAGGUCAAGUUGAGGAAGGAAUUGGAGACUGAGUUUGGACUUGAGGAGAGGGACCAGACGGAGAAAGGAGUGGUGUCGGUUUAG